AUGAAAAUAAAAUUAAUUUUAAUUAUUAUUUUAAAUAUUUUUAUUUUUAUUAAUGGCCAAAAUAAUAAAGUUUUAAUUAAAAGUUUAAAUAGGGAUAUAAAUUUUUUGGAUUUUUUUGGUAUUAAUUGCGAAUUUAAUUUAUUCUCUAGUGAUGGUGUAAGUACACAAAUUGCAUUUAUUAAGGCUUUGAAUAAAGUUAACUGGAUUAGAAUUGGGAUUCGAUUCGAUGAAUUGCAGCCACAGGAAAAUGAACCGAUUAAGUGGGAGAGUUUGGAUGCACCCAUGUCGCAAAUUAAGGCAUCAGGAUUGAAUACUAUCGUCUAUUUUACAGGUGCACCAAAGUGGGCCAGUGUCUACACCACAGAUGAUGGUGAGUUUUCGCCCUUCUAUCCACCAAAAGAUAACAAUGUAUUUGCAAAUGUGUUAUUAGAGAUGGCCAAAAGAUAUCCAUUUGUCAAGUAUUGGCAGGUCUGGGACAAGAUGAACGAUGAUUUAUAUUGGAAGUCAUCCAGUGCAGAUGAUUAUAGUUCUUUAUUUGAAGCAUGUGUUGAUGUAUUUAAAGCAAAUAAAUUGGAUGGUUUACUAUCAGUUGGCAGCUUUUCAGAGUUUGGUUACUAUUCACCAGACGAUACAAACAAUAUGAUUGACGAUUUGGUAAAGUUAGAUUUAUUUAAAGGAUAUACAGCAUCAUAUCAGCCAUACACAGCAUACCCAGAGAGCACUACAAACACCUUACCAAUUGACUUUGCAGACCAAAACCAAAGCUAUCUUUUGGUUUCAAGUGCUUUGAACCAAGUUUUAAAAACAGCAGGGGCACCUAUGGUAUUUUCGUCAUCUUGGGGAUGGAGCUCCAACAAUACAGAUAAAGGAGAGACUUUACAAGCAAACUAUAUAGUCAAACGUUUGUUCAUGGAUAUUUUUAGUAACUUUGAUAAAUCCUUUAUUUAUUCACUUGCAGACAUUCCAAACCCAAGCAGUAAUACCGACUCAAGUAUCAACUAUUACGGUUUACUUACUGGAUCUCUAAAUAAAAAAGAUGCUUUUAAAGAAUUGGAAAUGGUAUUCCAAAUCACUGGUCUAACCUUGACAAAGCCUGAAAACUUAAAAUCCGAAAUUUUAGGAGUACAAGACGGUUUGGUAUUCUAUACAUUUAAAAAGACCACAACCAACACCACUUUGGUUGCCUUCUACACUACCAAUAAGGAACAGACUAUUACAUUAACAGGUUUGACUGGUGAAAAAGCCCAAAGACUUGAUUUCGGAGCAACCUACACAAACAAGCUUGACAUUGUUAAUGGUUCAUUGACUCUUAGUGUAAAUAGUACCAUGUCAUUUUUAGAAUAUCCAAUUAAAGACGACUCCAGCGAUGAACCAUCCGAUUCUAUUUCAUCUUUUAAAGCUUCAUCCUUUUGCUUGAUCUUAAUUUUAAAUAUAAUAAUUUUAUUUAUAUUUUCUUUAUAA